AUGGCCUCAAGUCUAGAGACGAUUAGCCUGCCACAUCUACCAUUGGUCCCUGUGCAUGUUGCUCUAUAUCGCGAUGUUCAAAAUGCUGCCUUUCUGAAAGGUCAACUUCUCGCCGGUGAAAAAGAAUUCGAGUAUGCAUUUAUUGAUGCAAGCAUGGUUCUGUCAAGGGCUCAUGCCACUGCCGCAGUAUUCAGAGCAGUUAAUGAUUACAUGCACAAUCGACUGAAGUCUCAUAAUGUGCAUUCCGAGAUCGUGUUCUCAUUGAACCCUACAAAUAAUAUCACCGAAUCGUUCCGUAGAUUCGGUAUUGCCGAUUCGACCAAAGACCUGCUGGUGAUCAAGGUCUCUGUCUCUCCGGAGAUAACACAUGAAUCUGUUGCGGCCCACUUGGACAGCUCAAUUCAAGGAACACCUGUGCCUUUUAAUGACCAGACACUCUCCGAAAUCUCCGACAUCAACAAGAUCAAGAAAGCAUACAAGCUGGGGGCUCUGCCUUCACCAACGGCUAAGGUGAAUGAUGAGGCUAAGCAACGACUAGAAAAUUCCCUGUUGAGUGCAAUCGCCUUGAGGGGAUCAUGA